CUCAAAAUUUAACCGGACUCGAGGUUGUAAAAUCAAAAUGGCAGCUUCCAUGGAUCAUCAAUUUCCUGCUUUGAAGAAUGAUCUGAUUCUUCGAGCAGCGAGAGGGGAGAAGACGGAGAGAGUUCCUGUUUGGUUGAUGAGGCAAGCAGGAAGAUAUCUCCCAGAAUUCCGUGAAAUGAGAGCUGAACACAACUUUUUCAAAGUCUGCCAGACACCUGCCUUGGCAUGUGAGGUCACAUUGCAGCCGAUCCGUCGCUUUGAUCUUGACGCUGCCAUCAUCUUCUGUGAUAUUCUGGUCAUCCCUCAAGCACUUGGAUUGACUGUUGAGAUGAUUCCUGGCACGGGUCCUUCAUUCCCCGAACCUUUGACCUCGCCCGAUGACCUCUCUCGGCUCAAUGCCGAGGUCGAUAUCAACCAGGCCCUGAGCUAUGUCUUUGAGGCCCUCACACUCACUCGUAAAGAACUGGAUGGGAAAGUCCCUCUUAUUGGAUUCUCAGGAGCACCCUGGACACUCAUGGUUUACUGCAUAGAAGGAGGCGGAUCCAAAACCUUCUCGAAGGCUAAAAAAUGGUUGUACACCCAGCCAGAGGCCAGCCAUAAACUCUUGAAGAUUCUUACUAGGACCAUUGUGGACUAUCUUGUUGGCCAGGUCCUUGCCGGAGCACAGCUUCUGCAGGUGUUUGACUCCCAUGCCGGUGCCCUGGGGUAUGACAAGUUCUGUCAGUUCUGUCUACCGUACCUUCAACAGAUAGCUAAAGAAGUCAAGGAAAAGCUCAGGGCCAAGUCAGUAGAGCCUGUACCCAUGAUUGUAUUUGCUAAAGGAGCCAACUAUGCCAUCAGCGAGCUAUCACAGAGUGACUAUGAUGUCAUGAGUUUAGAUUGGGACGUACAGCCACAGAUAGCAAGAGCUCAAGCCGGACCCAACUUUCCACUUCAGGGUAACCUCGAUCCUUGUGCCAUCUACAGUUCAAAAGAAGACAUCAGUUCGUACGUGGCCCAGAUGCUGGAACGUUUCGGGACACAGAGUUACAUCGCCAACCUCGGACACGGCAUCUAUCCGGACUUUGACCCAGAACACGUCAGAGCCUUCAUAGAUUCAGUACAUCAACAUUCAGAGAGAAUGAACAAGACUGAAAAGGCAUAAUAAAAUAAAGAUUUUGUUUUAUCAACUCAGUGUACAAUCAACACUAUCUGGACAAGUGUCUUUUAGUAAAGAAAUACCGGUAGAUCGGUUUAGGAUUGUACUGUAUUCACAUAAUUGGAUUUUUUUUCUUCCAAGAACCCCUAGCGUAAAUGCUCAGGUAUUGUACAUUGGUAGCAGUUCUGUAGUACAAACUUCAGUGAAAAUUGCUCAAUGAUCAAUUUAUUAUCCCUUAAAUACUGAAUUCAUAACUUCAAUCUUGGACCAAACACUAAACCAAACCCUAACCCUAAAUUGAGAACUAAAACCCACUUGCUAUCCUAACGCUAAAUACAUAUCUACAUCAACAGUCAGUGGCAAGUGCAAAUUUUCGUCCUAGCAAAUGUUAGGUCAUUACAGUACAUGUAUCUAGUCCGAAUUUCUUUCUUAAAAUAUUUUGUGUAUUGAUUAGAUCAAUUGUGUGAUAAUGAUGAUGAUGAUGGUGGUGGUGGUGAUCGACAAUGACAAUUAUGAUGUCUUGAUGACAUACAAGUAAUGCCUCUAUUUUACAAUGUCGAUUAUGCUGACGUCGGUCAUAAUGAUGAUGGUGAAAUGAUGUGUAAUAAACUUAGUAUCAUGGACGGGCAACUUUGAUUCUAUUCUGCUCUUGCCAUUCCGCAUUUCCUUCUGGUAGAUGAAUUUAACCGGGUAUGUCUACGUGAAGGGUAUGUCCCCCAUUUCAUAGAGGUGUCUUGGUCUAGUGGCUACAUCACCGGACCGUGGAUCACAUGGUUUGCCGUUCCGAGUCCCGCUGCAGUUCUGAUGUCCUUUGGCAAGACAUUAAUCUACAUUUGCCACCCUCCACCCAGAUGUGGUAAAUGGGUACCCCGUAGGAAGAAAUUCAUUCAAUGCUUUAGCACCUUAUAACAGCUACAGCCGGGGAAAUGAUACGAUACUUCUUUUAAAGCGCAGUAGAGUAUAUCCAUACAGUAGCUGCGAUAUUGUACAGUGUGCAGUGGUAACUCAUUAUAAAGAGAUGAACAAUAAUUUUUAUGGUCCCAUUGUCCUCAUUUUGAUGAGUUUCUAUUGUACAGUAUAUGGAUAAUUCUGAUAAUGUGCCAGUGUAUAAGCUUGAUAAUAGUAAAGGCUGAAGGAAUGAGAAUUUCCUGUUUACUUUGGGAAUUACUGAAGUUGUAUAAAGAAAAUGCAGUUUUAAGAUUUUUCUCUUAUUUUCCAUUUCUUAGUAGAGGUCACAUGAUUUGUAAUGAAUACAAUGCUUGCAUGAUUUUUUUUCUUCAAUAAGUUGAUUUCUUUUUAUUAAAGAAAGGUUUCAUUUUGGGAGUUUAGGUUUAUAGUUCAGUUUAUCAUUAGCAAUACGGGAAAUUUGAAUUUGUACAAUAACAAUAUAGUUUAAAUGCAUUCAACUACAUUUAUACCAGGAACACUGCAGAUAUCAUGAAUUGUUCUAUAUGAGCAAGUUAAACUGAUAUUACUGUACAUGUACAUGUACAUGUAUAAAUACUACAUUUUGGUAAAUGUAUCGAGGUAAGUUUUUUUCAGCACUGUAAAGACUAGGUCACAUAUGAUGUGGUGAACCGUUCCCAAAAAUCAAACAAACUAAAACAAGGUUAUUUUUUAUGUGUUUUUUUUAUAUUCGCUAUAAUAGCUCGGUCUUUUAGAAUACAGAAAUGUGAAGUUUUACACUCCAGGUUAUCAUAAAAAAACGCCAUGGUUUUGACGCAUCAUAUCUGAACCAGCCUCUAUAGAUACAAUGAGUGAUUUCAAGUUGGGUGUUUUUGGCCGGUGUUAGUGUUUAAUAAACAUGAACACCAGCCUUAAACACCGAAAUGGAAAUCAGCUGGUGUUAAGGCUUUGAAUAUCGUCAAAU